UGCUCUACAUGGGGUCGUUCUGUUAGACCGAGCCGCUUUCGCAUCGCACUGCCGAACACUGUCUCAAGCUUGGCGCUCCAGGUUUGGUGCCAGUGUUGCUUGGCUGUUUGAGCAUCACGUGACAAUGAAGUCGCCCUCAGCGAGAGCCGCAGCGCUGUGCUGCUGCGCAUGCGUGUUCUACCUCGGUCCCGCUGCAGCGGCGCUGUUCCAGAAACCUGGCCUGCAGCAUGUUGGCGGAGAGAGCUCGCGGCCGACAUCAGCGCGCCAAGGCGCGCUGUCUCGUCGCAGCAGCCGACAUGGAAGAAUCGAAGGCGUCCUACCUCGCGGUUCCCUCGGCCAAGUCGGUUAUGUUCCAUCCACGGCGUGCAAGAAGAGGACGCAAGUCUGUGCCCAGGAGCGGCGCAACGACAGCGUCGCGCUCAAGCUGGUCCAGACGGCGCUGGACAAGAGCCACCGGCUGCUGCUGGACGUGGCGGCCAAGAUGCCCAACCUGGUGCCCCGCAUGGACGCCCAGGAGUGCCUCAAGAGGACCGUCUGCGAGGCGCACAACAAGCCCGGACGAUACGGGCUGCUCGGCAUCGCGCUCCAGUUCUUCUUCCCGCCAUUCCGACCGGGCGACGCCGACGACACUCGCAUGUCGCCCCUGCAGCUGGCGGCGCGCUACGGCCGGGACCCGAGAGCCGACUGCGGGCGGCAGUACGACGGCUGCUUCGUGGACCCGCUGCAGGCGCUGCAGGCCGCCGUCGACCACUUCCUGCGCCGGCAGCAGGCCGCCCAUAGCGGGUGGGCGCAGCUGUCGAGCGGGGGCGGAGUUGUCGAGCAGUCCGUCGCUGCGCCGUGAGUGCGCGGGUGUGCGGAACGUUGGCUACCGGAUGGAAAGCACGCGUGGUCGGUGCCACCUUCAUUGUGUUGCAUUUAUUGAUGAGGUCACAUCGCAGUUCGUGCAGCCGUCCUGGAGCUCACCCGAAAGUGAAGCCAAUCCUUUCACUUGCGUUCAUGCACGUCGGCCAGACCCUGCGUGCGCAGGAAUUUGCGGGAGACCACUGCAAGCGACGCGUGCUUUUGUUUCACCGAACACGUGUUGUCUCGCAUGCAAGCGGUUUCGGGCCCGGAACGGAGCGGCGGCCAUCGCGUGAGCGAGCCUCUUUUUCUAAAACCCGAGUGGCGGCAGGGAUGGUGCCUUGAUGCUCGCGCGCCGCUGAGGACGUCCCCGUCGUCUGCUACGACGGCCGCCAUUAUACGCCGCCCACCGCAGCUGGAUGGAUAGAUGCUAAGAGCGUCCCCUUUGGGAAAAAGAAAGAAAGCCCGAUGAAUUCCCAUAACCAAAUUUUCCGACACGCUAUUGUGAACUUUGUUUUUGCACGUUUCCGCUUUUUGUCGUUUCCCUACUUUUCUUCCACCAAUCUUCCAAUCGCAUCUUACUAAUCUCUGAUGCGGACAUCUUUACUUUUCGCCUGCUCUCGCUGAACCCAAGGGUUUCAAGGAGGACAGUGGUGCCUAAAUCGACCGCCGGGCAGACGUCUUCACAUUCUAAUAAAACAUGCGCCAUCGUUUACCUAGCUUUACCGCAGCGAGCACGUGCUUCUUCUUCAUUCUUAUAUCUCGCUUUAUAGGUGCGUGUUCUGAGGCAUCCCGACGGGUAGCAUGCGGAAUGCGCUACCGCUUGCGGUGCACCGGAUACGUACGGAAACAAGUGCACGUUAGCGACUUUUUUUUUUUUUUUAAGCUCGGACAGCACUUAGUGCUGUUGUUGCCCAAAUGAUUAAGGAAACGAUGUACUUCAUACAAGCUGACGGCCUGCGCAUGUGUUAAGUGCUAGAGGUUGACGUAGACUUCGUUAUUAAAAAAAAAAAAGAAUCAUCGUUCUUAGGCCGGAAGCGGCAGUGAUAACCCUUACUUAUUUUCCUCGUAAACUCUGCAUUCGAAAUACACAAAGAAUCGUUUGAAGCACUUAUAUACAUGUCAGCAGCAGCCGUAUAUAUAUCUCAACACACAUAUUCUAGUGUUGCGAAGCUACCUAAGCGCGAUUAUAUAUGGUGGAUUAUUUUGCUAAGUUUACAAACGAUUUACGUAUUUAUUAUAAAUGGCAUCAUACGUACUGUACACAGGAUAACUUGCCAAGGGAGAGUAUGGUGCGAAUAUCCUGCUAAGAUGAAGUGGCAGCUUCUUUAUCAUUAUUAUGCUUGCUCAAAGGAUAGAAAUACUGAAUUUAUAAACACCUGCCGUUCCCCCUAUUAAUAUCUGACGUUCGGUACCACCUCCGCCGUCUCACCAUUUAAAGCAUGCACUGUGCGGGCAUACCUGACACAUACAUGUUAUCGCUCUACCUUUAUGAAACGACACCCGGCAAUCCCAGUGUACAGGUCAUUUAUUUGUGUGCAUAAAUGCUGUGCUGAUAGAAACAAUUCCACAAAUAAAACGCUGGAACAGCA